AUUGACCAACUGAAUAUCUGAUACAUAUACAUAUUAUCUAGUGACGUUAAUACAGUCGAUACUGCAACGAAUGUUAGUCUUGCUAUUAGGUCAGGAGACAUGCAGUUCAUUCCUUUAGAGUUUGCUUUUUUUGGUUUGGUAUUCGUUUUAUACAGUGAAGGACGAUGUACAGGGAAUUACAGGAUUAGUUUUCCCUGUUACAGAACACAACAGCAGAGAAUAACACACUAUCGUGCAUGUGGUUGGCUUUGGCGAAAAAGAUGCCAGAGACAUGUGACCUACAUCAACAAAUAUACCAAGAGUACUUGCUACAAAUUGCAAUCGUGUCCAAAUGAAUGCGGAACUGAAGUUAAAGAACUUGCUUGCAAAAUUUCAAGGCUACACACAAGAGGAACAAUAAAACUGGCGUCUGGUCAUCCAUCUAAAGUGCAAGAUAAUGCUUUUGCUAUAAAUAAUAUCGAAGACUCAUGCAAUGGGGGAAAAGCUAAAAGAUCAUCCUAUGAUUGUAAAAAUGGACAUUGGGCGCCUGGUGACUCUGUCUGCCUAAAUCCAAUUCUGCUAAGAUAUAUUUACAACAUAGGUAGCAGAGGAAAUGUUAAAGUGAAUGAAAUUGCUGGUGCAUGCCACAGCAAAAUUACUUCUUGGCAUUAUAAAGGCAGAGCUGUAGAUAUAAGUAAAAGAGGUGUAUCCAGAAUGAGACAGCAGAACUAUAUGGAUUCGUGUAGGAGAUAUGGUGGACAAUCAUUUGAUGAAAAAUAUCAUAUUCACUGCCAAAUAGUAAAAUAGAAUUUUAAAAAAUCGUUUGUAUUAAUUGUUUAAAAAUGGAGUGUAAUGAAAAAUUUCUUUAUUCUCGUAAAUUAUUUGAAAAAUCCAAAAGUUAUAAAUUGUUAGUUUAGUUAUAUGUUAAUUGUGGUACAUGAACCAUCAAUAAAUGCAAAACACGUUAAGAA